UUGUUUACCACGUUUUAGGUUUUAACAAUUGAUUGACAACAAUAAUAAAAUGUACAAAUUUAUAUCAAAUUUAUUUACAUGUUUUAUUACUUAAUAGUCAUGAAAAAUAGAUUUUUAUAAAAAAUUGAAUAUUUUCUUAAGUUAUUUUAACUGAUUUUAAUUAUACAAAAAAGAAUAUUAAGCAAUUAAUAAUGCUUUCAACUUACUCGAAAGCGGAUGUGCUAGCAAUUCGUUACGUUGAUGAUUUUAUUUGCCUAGGAUUGGCCUCAACUUUAUACGUAAUUAAUAAAUUGAAUUAUAAAGUUGAAACGAAAUUGAAUGUCCUUUAUCCUCACAGAAUACAUGGCAUCAAAAUAGCACCAGGCAAUAAAUUAAUUAUUUUUGGAGGCAAAAGUCUGAGAAUUUGCAAAUUUGAGAUUAUCGGCAGUCAAGUAAUACUUGAGAAUAUUUCGGAUAUUUACUCUUUUACUGACUGGAUAAUUGCGGUCGAAUUUUUUACAACUGAAGAUGAAAUAAAAUUGAUUAUUCUCUUUGCUCACAAUAAUUUAUAUAUUUGUGAUUUAUUUAACAAACACCAUCGAAAUAUAUGGUGCGAGGAAAAAUGUAUUUUAUAUGGAGGUAGUAUUUUCCCAAAAAAUUGCGAAAAUGCUAUUGUCUUUAGUGGAACGGUUUUUCAAGAAAUAUUAAUAUGGCAAGUAAAUGCUAACGAUUGUAAUAAUGUUGGAAUUCUACAUCGAUUAAAGGGACACAAUGGAGUCGUAUUUUCCGUUUCUUACGAUCCGUUGACGAAUAUUAUUUGCUCUACUUCGGACGACAGAACAGUAAGAUUAUGGAGCGUUCAUGACAAAAAAGAGAAGAACAAUUGCAAUUAUAUGGACUGGAGUAAUGUUUCUGUAAAUCUUUUAGCCACAAUGUAUGGUCACACUGCUCGAGUUUGGAGAGCAAUUAUAAAAAAGAAUACAGUUGUAAGCAUCGGAGAGGACUCACAAAUUUGUCUAUGGUCCACAAAAGGGGAUUUUCUGAAAAAAAUUCAAGCACAUCAUGGUUCACCAAUUUGGUGCCUGGAUAUAUCAUUGAACGAUGAGAGAAUGAUAACAGGAGCUGCUGACGGUUCCGUGUAUGUUUGGCCCUUUCCAUUUCUCAAUGAAACCGAUAAAAUUUGCACAUUAGGCGACGAUAUGAAGAAAACACCAAAAUUCACAUGUCAUCUCUCAAAUGGAACUGUUUUAGUUAUUCGAGAUGAUGGCGAGAUGAAUAUUUUCGAUUCAAUCACACACUGCUUGAAUACUUCAUUUAGUAUUCCAAAUUUUUCCUCAUAUUUAGUAAUUCAAUUGUCGCCAAAUCGAAAAUGUGUCAGUCUUGCAUCGAAGGAUGGUUUCAUUUCGAUUUACGAAGCAAUUAAUAAACACGAAAUAACGGAGAAAAUUAAUGAGAAAAUAAUGGAUGGUAAAAUAUUUUCCAUGCAGUGGCUGAAUGAUAAUUCUUUGCUGUUGUGCGGUUCUCAUGGACGUUUGAUAAUUAUCAAUAUUGAGACAGAUGGAAAUGUGAAAAUAUUAUCUGAAUAUAUUUUGCCUGAAAGUCGAGAGCGUUGGACGACUGCUGCAAUUUUAUACGCAAAUCUAAUAAUCUGUGGAGAUCGCGCAGGAAGUGUUUUUGUCUUUAAAAAAUCGUCCGAUGAUAAUGAUUCUCGUAAGCCAGUGCAAAUUUUCCAUAAAAUUCAUGGCAAAUUGGGAAUUCAAAGCUGCGCAAUUAGAGGCAAUAAAUUGAUAACAACUGGACGUGAUGGUCAUUUACGAUAUUAUGAAAUACGAAACGAGAAUGAUAAAUAUUUUUUGGAAUUAGAAUCUGCGAAUAAUAUGCCAAUGGAUUGGAUUAGUAGAAUUAUUGAAAUUGAAAAUGAACAAUAUGUGUUUGGUUUCAGCGAGGUUGAUUUUAUUGUCUACAGUGUCUCCCUACGCAGGGUAUUGGUGAGGAUUCCUUGUGGUGGUGGACACCGAUCUUGGGAUUGCAUUGUCGAUGAAAACACUCUUAAAUUCCUGUUUAUUAAAGAUAAGCAGAUUCAUUUACGAACUUUUCCUUUUCAAACACUGGCUCUAAGUCCCAUUGUGGAAGGAUAUCAUUAUAAGGAAAUUUAUUGUAUGGAGAAGUUAAAAAUAUUGAAAAAUCAGUGUCUUUUCGUUUCUGGUGGUGAAGAUUGUUCCCUUCGUGUCAGUCGUGGCAUUCAAUUAAAAUCAGGAGAAGGAAUUGAAGAUUUCGAAACUCUGAAUAUUAUUAAUGGCCACAUUUCCAGCAUAAAGUGUUUGGCUAUUUUGAAUAUUGAAAAUACAGAAUUGUACUGUAAGAAUUUAAUAUUCUCAGGAGGCGGAAGAGCUCAACUGAAAGUAUGGCAAUUGAGCGUUAAAUUGAAAAAUGGAGAAUUAUUGAAGGAUAAUUUAAGUUAUAAAUUACUGGAUUCGUUUAUGUUACGUGGCACUGACAAGGAACGGAAAAAAAUGAGUAAAACUUUGAAAAAUACCUAUGAUAUCGAUCCUGAAACUAGAUUUAUGGAUAUUAGUGUUCAAUCAUAUUCUGACGAUUCAAAUUCGGCUUUAAUUUUUGUAGCAUGCUCUGAUGGAUAUUUGAGAAUUCUUUCAUGGAGCGCAGAAUCAAAAUUCAAAGUUGAAAAUUCUAUUGAAUACAAUCGUUGCAUUUUGAAGGUUUAUUCGUUCAUGCAUCGAGAGAAUUUAAUUGUUUUGACAAUGGCUACUGAUGGAGUUGUCAACUUUUGGGAUUUUAGUUAUUUGCUUCCUAACAAUAGGAAUCGAAAAGUGACGAAUAAACCUUUCACUCAAUGGCGAAUUCAUCAAUCGGGCAUUAAUAGUUUUGAUAUUAAACAAAUUGAUAGUCAUAAAUAUUUGUUCGCUACUGGAGGAGACGACAAUCUUAUCAGUCUCAUUUUAUUUCAAAUAAAUCUUCUCGAAAAUGGCGAUUUAUCAGCUGAAAUUUUGAAGAAUAUUAAUUCUUCAGACUCUCAUUAUACACAAAUAACAGGUAUUAAAUUUUACCAAGAAAACAAAUUGUGCAGUGUUGGUACAGAUCAAAAAGUAAUUAUUCAUCGAUAUUCUCUUGAAAAUGAUGCGUUAUUAUUGGAAAAAGAAAAUGAAAUCGUUACAUGCGUUUCUGACGUUCAAGGCAUUACUCUAUCUGAAUUCAACGAAGAUGCCAAUACAUUUAUUUGUACAUAUGGAAAAGGAUUUGAAUUCAUUUCUGAAAAUGAAUAAUUAUAUAAUUUCCAACGAAAAUGUAAAUACGUGUUGGGAAAAAAAAUUUACAAAAUAUAAUUUUUUAUGCAAUGGUAACAAUAGAGUCUAUUUUUAAUUGUUACUAUUGCAAUUUAAAAGUACAUCUCUGCGAAUGUAUAUAUAUUUUAAAAUAAAUUUACAAUUUAGUUUAGUUUUAAUUUAAAUACAUAUAAUUCUUGAAUAAAAAAAAUUACUUUUUCGA